AUGGAGCUCGUCUAUCGUCUUGAGAGGGGUGUAAACCUCUCAGACGAUUCGACGGCUGACGAGAGUGAGCUGCAGGUGGAUGACGAACACUAUUCUCCUACUGUUCCUGCAGCGAGUGCUCUUCAGGACGAGCAGGAAAAUGAGGCGAUUGACCAGGCCCUGGCCCUGACUGAUGACCCGGGCAUGGCAGCCACCUUGGCUGAGGGCUCAGGUGUGACACAAGGAACACGGGGUGAUAUAAAAAGGACAAUGUCCCCUUUAGUGGUUCUAUUGAUUAUUAUAGGAUUGUUGGGGCCAACGUGUGAAAAUCAAAGAAAUGUGUCUGAUUCAGCAGUUUCACAUCAUACGGCCUCAUCAGACCAAAUAGUUAUCAACAGGAACCAAUUGAAUAACAGAGCACUGGAAAAUUGGCCUGUGGCCAAUCGUACAGAUAUUAAAAUUUUUAGGAAAGGAUCACUUGUUAUUUCCAGACAAUACUGGUACCCCGUUUUAGAAAUAGCCAUUAAAAAACCAAACCCCACAUCCCCUGCAAUCACCUUGGCCACAACACCAACACUCUCAAAUACAACACAGUCAUUCAACUCUGAGUCAUUACCAGCUACAACAAGUUUGUUGCCCACUUCAUCUUUCCCAACAACUGCAGAAACAACCUCUUUAGGGCCAUCAACAACCAAAACAACAAAAUCUAUAAUUUCAACAGAGCCCCUAACAACUAGCAUUCAAGUGCAUACAAGCAAACAGACGACAACCUCAAGACAAAUAUCAGAAACAACAGAGUCACAGAUUUCAACACUACCAAAAGAAACCAAUCCAACGACAACAAUCGUACCAACUGCCAACCCAAGACAGCCAACAACCAUCACAAAUUCCACAACAUCAGUGCAACAAAAAACUGCCACUGCAAACAAUGUACCAUUAGACACCUCAAGGCAACUAACAGCCACCACAUCAACGGUGUCUGUAUUUCCAGAAACAAUCACUCCAUCAACCACACCAGCAACUACCUCAAUGCAGCUAACAAACGACAUAAACACAAGAAAUAUAGUCGGGACACCAGAGGAAACUUCAACAUCAGUGGGUACUACAAUCAGUAUCCACACAACAACUGCAAUGGAUGGCUCAAAUGCUCCAGAAGUAACAGGAACUACCAUUUCAUCUGCAAAUCUGCCAGCUACAUCAGGAACAGGUGUUAGUUUUAAAAGCUUAAAAACUACAAUUGCAGUAGGUACAAGUGCUGAAAGAACAUUGAGAACUGCAGAACCGGAUUCCACCUCAACUUUAUGGUCUGCAGUGGCACCUGGAACAGCAAGGGCUGCAACAACAAUAAUACCUAAAACAGAGGUCUCCGCCACUGUCAAAAGAGUGACACAAGAACCUAAAACACAAGCUGAUAUGGGUUCUUCAUCAGCAGCACAAACUACAUUAAGAGCAUCUGAUACAACAGAAUCAAAAAUUACUCUGACUACAGCAGCACGAAUAACAGAGGAAUCAUCACCUCUAACUGAAGCAGGUAAAGUAAAGACAAUAGCUGCAGGAACAUCCAGAACUACAGAAUCAUCUGCAGAAGCCCCAACAUUGUUAGUGCCAGGGACAACCACAGCAUCAACCAUUAGAAAUGAACCAGAAAUAACCAAGACUACACUAGCUGAAGGCUCAUCUACUGGAUUACAAUCUAUAGCAGUAAAUACAUUGACAACAACAACAAGCCUGGCAGAGUCUGUUGCUGCAACCAAAGCUUCAACAUUGGUACCAGAAACAUCUCAAGUCACAACAGAACCUUUACCAUCCCAAACAGAAACUACAACGUUAAUGUCGAUGAAGCCAGUAACAGUGACUCAUAACUCAGAGGUCUCCACCAUUGUCAAAAGAGUGACACAAGAACCUAAAACACAAGCUGAUAUGGGUUCUUCAUCAGCAGCACAAACUACAUUAAGAGCAUCUGAUACAACAGAAUCAAAAAUUACUCUGACUACAGCAGCACGAAUAACAGAGGAAUCAUCACCUCUAACUGAAGCAGGUGAAGUAAAGACAACAGCUGCAGGAACAUCCAGAACUACAGAAUCAUCUGCAGAAUCUCGAACAUUGUUAGUCCCAACAACAAGUGCAACUAUUGCAGCAUCAGCAGGAGUGACAUCAGCAUUGCCAGCAACUGUAUCAGGGACAACCACAGCAUCAACCAUUAGAAAUGAACCAGAAAUAACCAAGACUACACUAGCUGAAGGUUCAUCUACUGGGUUUCAUUCUAUAGCAUUAGAUACAUUGACAACAACAACAGCCCUGGCAGAGUCUGUUACUCCAACCAAAGCUUCAACAUUGGCACCAGAAACAUCUCAAGUCACAACAGAACCUUUAGCAGCCCAAACAGAAACUACAACAUUAAUGUCGAUGAAGCCAGUAACCGUGACUCAUAACUCAGAGGUCUCCGCCACUGUCAAAAGAGUGACAAAAAAACCUACAACACAACCUGAUAUGGAUUCUUCAUCAGCAGGACAAACUACAUUAAGAGCAUCUGGUACAACAGAAUCAACACUUACUCCGACUACAGCAGCACCAAUAACAGAGGAAUCAUCACCUCUAACUGAAGCAGGGGAAGUAAAGACAACAGCUGCAGGAACAUCCAGAACUACAGAAUCAUCUGCAGAAGCCCCAACAUUGUUAGUGCCAACAACAAGUGCAACUACUGCAGCAUCAGCAGGAUUGGCAUCAGCAUUGCCAGCAACUGUAUCAGGGACAACCACAGCAUCAACCAUCAGAAAUGAACCAGAAAUAACCAAGACUACACUAGCUGAAGGUUCAUCUACUGGGUUUCAUUCUAUAGCAUUAGAUACAUUGACAACAACAACAGCCCUGGCAGAGUCUGUUACUGCAACCAAAGCUUCAACAUUGGCACCAGAAACAUCUCAAGUCACAACAGAACCUUUAGCAGCCCAAACAGAAACUACAACAUUAAUGUCGAUGAAGCCAGUAACAGUGACUCAUAACUCAGAGGUCUCCGCCACUGUCAAAAGAGUGACAGAAAAACCUACAACACAACCUGAUAUGGAUUCUUCAUCAGCAGGACAAACUACAUUAAGAGCAUCUGGUACAACAGAAUCAACACUUACUCCGACUACAGCAGCACCAAUAACAGAGGAAUCAUCACCUCUAACUGAAGCAGGUGAAGUAAAGACAACAGCUGCAGGAACAUCCAGAACUACAGAAUCAUCUGCAGAAGCCCCAACAUUGUUAGUGCCAACAACAAGUGCAACUACUGCAGCAUCAGCGGGAUUGACAUCAGCAUUGCCAGCAACUGUUUCAGGGACAACAACAGCAUCAACCAUCAGAAAUGAAUCAGAAGCAACCAAGACUACACUAGCUGAAGGUUCAUCUACGGGAUUACAUUCUAUAGCAGUAGAUACAGUGACAACAACAACAGCCCUGGCAGAGUCUGUUACUGCACACAAAGCUUCAACAUUGGUACCAGAAACAUCUCAAGUCACAACAGAACCUUUACCAUCCCAAACAGAAACUACAACAUUAAUGUCGAUGAAGCCAGUAACCGUGACUCAUACCUCAGAGGUCUCCGCCACUGUCAAAAGAGUGACAGAAAAACCUACAACACAACCUGAUAUGGAUUCUUCAUCAGCAGGACAAACUACAUUAAGAGCAUCUGGUACAACAGAAUCAACACUUACUCCGACUACAGCAGCACCAAUAACAGAGGAAUCAUCACCUCUAACUGAAGCAGUUGAAGUAAAGACAACAGCUGGAGGAACAUCCAGAACUACAGAAUCAUAUGCAGAAGCUCCAACAUUGUUAGUCCCAACAACAAGUGCAAAUAUUGCAGCAUCAGCAGGAGUGACAUCAGCAUUGCCAGCAACUGUAUCAGGGACAACCACAGCAUCAACCAUUAGAAAUGAACCAGAAAUAACCAAGACUACACUAGCUGAAGGUUCAUCUACUGGGUUUCAUUCUAUAGCAUUAGAUACAUUGACAACAACAACAGCCCUGGCAGAGUCUGUUACUGAAACCAAAGCUUCAACACUGGCACCAGAAACAUCUCAAGUCACAACAGAACCUUUACCAUCCCAAACAGAAACUACAAUGUCAAUGUCAAUGUCAAUGAAGCCAGUAACAGUGACUCAUACCUCAGAGGUCUCCACCACUGUCAAAAGAGUGACACAAGAAACUACAACACAAGCUGAUAUGGAUUCUUCAUCAGCAGGACAAACUACAUUAAGAGCAUCUGGUACAACAGUAUCAACAAUUGCUCCCGCUACAGCAGCACCAAUAACAGAGGGAUCAACAAUUACUCCUGCUACAGCAGCCCGAGUAACCACAAAUACUGAUCCCCCUUACCUUGAUGAAAGAAGCAUAGGGUUAAGAUUCAGUCUAAACGAAAUUUUCCAAGAAAUAUAUAGGAACACAUCAUCCUCUGCUUUCUUUACAUUGGCAUCCAGAGUGGUAACUGAGAUAAACUUAGUUUACAAGGCAAGUUAUCUCAGAGGAUACAAGCGAUCCAGAGUCGAAUCAUUCACGAAUGGCUCCAUUAAAGUGGACAUGUCUCUUAUCUUUGAAAAUUCUUCUAUGGUCCCAAGCUCAGUUGAGGUAGAAUCUAUUCUUUAUGGGAAUGCUAUGAAUGGGAGCAUACUUCUGAACAUCACACUGGACACUAUCAAAGCAGGGGAAAUAGUUACUCCUAACACAGCUGUCACAAAUGCAACCAUGCAAACUACUACCAUGAGAUCCACAGCAAGUACAAACGAGAACACAAACACCACCUCUGGUGCCUUUUCACAGAUGGUAUGCUGUUCACUAAUGUCUAUAUCUCCAGCCAUCGUGGUUUUAUUAGCUCAAACUGUGAUGUUUUUGUAAUUGUAAAGUUCAAAAAAGAGAUAAAACACUAUAGAAAGACACUAUGUUUAUAUUUAAGCUGAUUGUAUUAGUUAAACUAGACAAAUGUUGACUAUUAUAUUAGGCACAUAUUGUACUGUGCGUACAAGUUUUAGGACCCUAUAAUAAUCUCAUUAUUUAUUAAAAUAUUCAUCCCACCUGCAGACCACAAGUUACCAUCUGAAAAUGUAUUAAUAUUAACGGUAUAACUUCACAAUAAGGUCUAAUUUGUUAACAUUAGUUAAUGCAUUGACUAACAUUAGCCUAUAUUUUUUACAGCAUUUAUUAAUGUUAGAUAAUGAAAAUAUUAUUGUUUAUGUUAGUUCACAGUUAAUUAACUAAAGUUAACAGAUGCAACUUUUGACCUUCAAAAUCUAAAUGUUGAGAUUAACAUUCGCUAAGAUUAAUAAAUGUUAAUCUAC